UUUUCGUCAGUCUAUAGUUGAUAUAGUAUAAUUAUGCGAGGGCUUGUACUCUCCAAACUGUAACGCACACUGGAUUGCCAAGUGCGUCAAGUAUGAAAAAACGACGAAUGUCCAUGUUCGACGCGUAACCCCUAAGGCGCGAUUGGGAUUGGGACCAUGUAUAUUCUGUACGGAAAGAAUUAUAAUACGAUUAAUUAUAGUGUAUUAAAUAUUUGGUUUUAAUUUUCAAAAAUAAUGGAAGCGACAAAUGGUACAGAACGAAUUUCUACGCCUAAAUACACGUACAGCUUCGUUAUCACGGAGAUGAGGCUGAGACAACUUGGAGGCUGGUAAUUUAACGUAACGAAAUGUGGAAUAAAUAUAAUUUAUGUUUUAAAGACGGAGUAUUAAUUUCUGUGAUUAUUUUUUCUGUGUAGAAUCGAGCACGCCUAAUUUUCACGAGGUUUUCCGUUGAUUUUCCGCAACUGCGUUGUUCUUCUCAUUCUCAUCGUGUCAAGUGCUUUGCGUGCGCAGUGCGCUCACCAUCCGUAGGGGUUGGGAGGUGCAGUCGGAUGCUGGUCGUCCGUACGGCUCGUGCCACUUCGGCUCCCCUCGGCAAUCUCCGUGGAUCUCUGCGGGGGCAUAGGCCUCCUUCCCUUCCGAGCAAUUCCACAGUGUUCACACUCCCGCGUAGGUGUGCGGCGGUACAUGCGAAUUUUAUUUCUUCGUCGCGCGAUCCAGUGACGGGUACGUGUUCGUAACAGUCUCUUUCGAAUUACAAGUGAUACGCGAAUCGCACGCUGCCUCUGUCAGGAUACCAGUGAAAAGGCACGCAUGGCAAACGACUGCGCGGUCGUUGGAAAAUUGACAUCGGUGAAAACGGAGCGAGGAGAAGAAUUUGGAGCGCGCAUGGGAAAACCGGCGAAGAAGAGGGAUGAUAGUCGGCGUUCAGAAACGAACGACAGUGAACGCGAGAUAAAAUCGACGUGAUAAUCUGUUGUGGACAUCGAGUGAGAUCGCCUGCUUUGGAUAGCGAACGAGUCGAAGAGCAGUGAUAUCGAGUUCUUUGACAGUCUCUCACCUGUUACAACCGGACUCGCGGAUACAGUGUCAGGCCUAACAUCCACGCGUUGGAUAGAUCCGUCGAACGCGUCGAUCGCGAACCUGUGUCUUGAAUCACAUCUCGCGUUUGGAUAAGAGUACGUCGUGCGUCAGCACCAACUGAAAAGCGUGCCGGGAAAAACGCGAUGCACCGGCGGAGUUGGAUAAAAUUCACGUUUGAAUAAAUAAUUCGUAUAAUCGAAGUAUAAAAUGACAAUUAUAUUUCGCGUCGAGUAAAUCGCUACGUAGAGACGCGAGUUAUCGAAGUGCGCGAAUAUACCAACGGAACCCUCCAAACCCCGCGGUUUUCUUUGGACGCGAAAGAUGGGAGAAACUCUCUAGAUAGAAAUUUCGGAUGACAAGUCUCUAAAUAAGUGGAACAGGAAUAAUGGUUUGAAUAAAUGGAAUGAAACAUUUCGCGAUGAACGAGUGAAUCGGUUAUCCGUACGUGUAACGUCGUAAUUUUGUUUCCGUGGAACUUUGUUUGAUUUAUCGUUUCGGUUUUUCAGCGCGAGUCAAGACGGUAUCUCGAUCGAGGUUGCCGAUCGAACGUACGAAUAAUCGCAACGCUGUGAUUCUAUCGGUGUAGUCGAUAGCGAGAAACGCGAGGAUUAUCGGAGGAACGUGUGCCGUGGAAAAGACCGUGGAUCGAGUUUUAACGAAAGAUACUCGUGGACGACGAUCCCUCGCGGCGGGGCUUGUUACACUUUUGCGAUGAAUGCUCGAGAGCGGAGUGGCUAAGAGCAUUUCGAGUGAAAUCACUGGUGAAACGUUCGAAGUGGGUAUGUACUUUGUGGAAAGUACUUCUUCAAUGGCGACGAUAAAGGUUAACGGUUAAAACGUGAAAUCGAUUUCCGUUGAAAUCUGGUUUUCGCUGUUGGACACUUUUUAAUGCCUAUAAGUGACACGUUACGUAUAGAGAGCUCUGCGGACUGUCAAGCGAUAGCAGUUAUUUUUUGUUCUCUCUUGCGAACGAAAAUACGUUCGGUUGUAUGCAAGUGACCCCUAGUGUUUACAUACGUUCUAUCGUGUACGGAGUGUUCAUCUAUGUUCCUGUAGCGGACUAUCGAGCUGACCACGAAGGACUACGGAACGAAACCAUCCACGAUGAGGCUGAUCCUGUUUCUCGCCGUUUUUUCCGCGACGACCCUCGUAAAAGGCGAACGAGGGCAAUACUUCCGAGUGACGCCAAGGAACAGCUCGGUCCUCGAAGGUGGCGAUGUAACGAUACCUUGCGAGGUGGAACACAGAGUCGGCAUUGUGCAAUGGGUUAAAGAUGGCUUUGCUUACGUCAUUCAACCAAGUGGUGAUAUCGUUGGACAUCCAAGACUAAAGCUGAUAGGAGAUCAAAACGCAGGCAUCUAUAAUCUGAAAAUCACCGACGCUUCUCUGACGGACGAUGGCGAAUAUCAGUGCCAAGUUGGACCGCAUUUGCGCAGCAAACCGAUCCGUGCCAAUGCUCAUCUCAUCGUCAUAUCGCCACCGCAGAAAGUGGAGAUCAGCAACCACCCUAACAGGAGGAAGAUCGAGGUGAAGGUUGGCGAAUCGCGGCGCUUAGAGUGCGUCGUUCGAUCGGCGAAACCGGCUGCAUCGAUCGUCUGGUAUCGCGGAAACGUGCAAAUCAAAGGGGGUGACACGGUGAUUACGCCGAUCUCCAUCGAGGGUGACAAAGAACUGCAGAAGCCUGGCGAAAGUAAGAAGGAAUUGCUCAAAUACGACACCCACGGGUCCAUCGUCAUCGUUCCCACCGCGGAUGACAACGACAUGGACUACACUUGCGAGGCCAACCAUCCCGCCAUACCGAUCGACAUGCCUUUAAGGGCCACCAUCAAACUUUCCGUGUUUUAUCUGCCCGGUAUGCCUUACAUCGAGGGAUACACGGAAGGCGAGACCGUGAAACGCGGCCAGCAGCUGGAGCUAACCUGCCGAUCGCGAGGCGGAAAUCCGCCUGCUCAGAUCAUCUGGUACAGAAACAACGAACAGGUCACGACCGUGUAUCGCACCGAGGGCAGCUUCUCCGAGAGCGUGUUGUCCAUCAUCGCGAAAGCGCAAGAUAACAAUGCCAGAUACAGGUGCGAGGUCUCCAACAUUAUGAGCGUCGAGCCCAUGAAGGUCCACGUCGACCUCACCGUCCUCUUCGCGCCGCUGGGUGUGACGAUCACCGGUCCCACGGAGGCGAAGGCCGACGAGCAAGUGGUGAUCACUUGCACGACGGAGAACUCGAACCCGCCGGCGGACAUAAAGUGGACGGUGGACGGUCACAAUAUAGAAAGUAACGCCUCGAGGACCGAGCGCGCGCCUCAGGGAGGAUGGAUCACCAUGUCCAACGUGACGUUCAACAUUAAUCGCACCAGCCGCAGCAUCGUGGUGAUAUGCGACGCGACAAACGUCAAGCUCACGGAGAACGUCGUCAAAACGCACACCAUAAACGUGAUUUACCCACCGUCGAAGCUCAGCAUCAGUGGCUACGAGGAGGGGUCGACGAUAGACGCUGGCACGGUCCUGCGACUCAUGUGCACCGCUAUUUCGGGAAAUCCGCUGGCUACUUUGACUUGGUACAAGAACGACAGAAAGGUACCUGGAACUACCAGAACGAGAGAUCACGCAGUGUCCAGUGAGCUGACGAUGCUCGUGAACGCGUCGGACAAUAACGCUCACAUACGAUGCGAAGGAAUGAACUCUGCUACCAAAUAUCCUUUGAUCAAAGUCCUCGUCUUGAAAGUCAACUUCCCACCGGACAAAGUGAAGAUCACGCGCGAUCCUCAGGACCUACACGCGGGCCAAGAAGGACGCAUCAUCUGCGAGUCGAGCAGCAGCAACCCGGCAGCGGAGAUGUCUUGGUGGAAAGGCGGCAUACCUGUCCAGGGUACCAAAAAUGGCACCAAGCCUGGCUUGCACGGUGGAUUUCUGUCGUUCGUGGAGCUCGCGAUGGACGUCACCGAAGACAUGAACGGGGAGGUGUACACUUGCCAAGCGAGAAAUAAUCAAAUGGAAAGGUCGAUUCACGAUGCCACGACUCUUGAUGUGCUGUACAAGCCGAUAUUCUCGUCGAUAGAGCCUCACGAGUUGAUCGGAAUGGAGGGCGAACCUUUCGUGAUUUCCGUCUCCGCCAUGGCCAAUCCCAACGACAUAAAGUACACAUGGACCAGAGACGGUUUGCCAUUGGUCAGCAGCAACAGGAGAAUAUCCGUUCGCGGGCCUAUGUUGAACAUCACCAAGCUGGAUCGCCACGACGCUGGAACCUACAUCUGCGAAGCGACCAACGAAGAAGGAACGACUUUCUACCAAUUAAAUCUAACUGUGCAAUACUCGGCAAAAAUUAAACGUACCUCGGCUUCCGGGAUAGUGUAUCCUCCAGGAAUCGAAGCUAAAUUGUUCUGCGAGGUGGACGGUAGCCCCAUAGGAGACGAGUACGUCACGUGGCAGAAAGUUGGCUCGAACUCGGAGCUCUCCGGGCGCUAUUCCACCUCUUUUAUCAACAAAACUUCUUAUCUGCACAUCGAAAAUCCCGAUCAGGAAGACGUCGGGGAGUACCAGUGCAAAGCCAACAACGGGAUCGGCAACGUUACCUCCGAGCCCAUUCUCUUCGUUACGAACUUCAAGCCGCAAAUGAUGAACACACCUUUGACGAGAAGAGCGGCGGCGAACAAAGGGAUAAACGUGCAGCUGUUUUGCAAAGCGAGAGGCUCCCCGUUGCCCAGAUUCGCUUGGACGUUCAACGGGAAGACUUUGUUGCCGAAUGUUACGGAACACAAGUACAGCGUCACGCACACGGAUCUGAGCGAACUAUUUUCCGAGUCGACGCUGACCAUUUUCCGCGUAACGUCCACCGACUACGGGAAAUACGAAUGCCGUGCGAUGAACAAAAUGGGACAGUCGACGGAUAUCAUACACUUGGACGUCACGUCACCGCCGGACAAACCCACCGAUCUGGAGGUUUAUAACGUGACCCACGACUCGGUCACUUUGACGUGGAAGAGGGCAUUCGACGGUGGCUUACCGACGUCCUACCAAAUACGUUGGCGCGAGGCGCUCGACUACGAGGAUCGAUACCACUAUCUAGACGUUUCCCCGGGAGAAUAUAAAACCACGAUAACCGGACUUUCCCUGGGGACUUACUAUGUGUUCAGCGUGAAAGCCAUUAACGAGAAGGGAGACAGUGGCUUUCAACCCGACAUCGUGAAAGUUCAGACGCUACGGGAGGCACCACCUACCGACGUGACAUCCAGCGAGAUUAAUUCUUCCUACAUCAUCGUCAUUAUCAUCACUGUUUCCGCCUCUGUUUGCCUACUCAUUGCUGCGCCCAUAGCCUUUGCUACAUUAAAAUCGAAAAAGAAGGCCCAACGUUCCGGUAUUAACAAAUCGCAGACAGCUGAUAUGUACGCACCAUCCACGGUGAACGGAGACACCAUGACCGGUGAAUUAAGUUCGGUGUCGGACGAGAAGAGCGACGUUAACUUCGACACUAACGAUUACGUGGACGAGGGACGAAAGACGGCCGCUAGCACGUAUUUAAUAGACCAAACCAUGCAAGAUUUUGGGAAAGGGAACUUGGAGAUGCAGGUACAUCAUCAGGGGACUCUUGGUCGUCGUGGCAACCACAUUCAACCACCCAUGAGUAUGGAUUCGCCGCCACAGCGAACGACGGCGAGUGGGACGCUUUCUGUUUCGAAAUCGAGUUACAUCGGGAACCCGAGUCCAGCACCGCCGAACGACGUGAACUUCUACAGCGUGGAGAUCGACAACGGCCGAUACAUGGGAUACGAGACGAACCACAGCCCGAUUCCAGUGGUGGAGCCAGGUUCGGGAUCGUACUACCCGUCGAUGAGUCCCACGGGGCACAUCGUGUCCGGUCACUUGACCGGAACGGGCACCCUGACGCGCAGCAGGACCCUGCCGCGUCCCGUUCCACCACCCGACGUGACCGUGAUGACAGCCGGAUCGAAAUCGCCGAUUCCUCCGUCCGUGCCACCGCCACCGACGACCUUCGCACGCUCCGUAUCCGGAAAUCCUCACGCCCACGGCCAUCCACUGUCGACAUUCACCCCAACGCCGGCCUACUCCGACAUCGAUGGCCAUCUUGUCUGAGGAUCACCCAUCUUCGGCCCCAGCACCGUGCGCGGCAAGUACCGCGCCGUUCCGAGGGACGAGACUAUCAUCGUUACAGAAAGAACCACCCGGCUCUAAUCAACGACUCGUGGGUGAUCGAACGGAUCCUACGGCCUCACGCGUCGCUCGCGACGUUCAACGAUCGGUUCUCCAUCUCUCGCGAGGGACGCCGUCGACGACACCCCCGCGUCGAAACAGUUUCGUGUGGGUGUUUCCCCCGACGACCUUAUACAUAUAUCCUCCUUGAACAUAAAAGAAAGUAAGAAGCAUGUAAAUACCAGAGAGACCUGUACCGCACGCGUACGGGCUAUAUUAACGUAAUUUUACUAAGCACGCGGUACAAUGUUACGAACCGGAAAUGCAGCGUUUCGUUUCGUUUCUUUGUUCUUUUUUUUUUUUCUUUUUUUUUUUUUUCUUUAUUUCUUUUUCCGUCGUUUGUUUCCCCGUGGACAAGGUGUGCGUGUAUAUAAUGUACCUCGACCGCGGAACUUUUACGGAGUAGUUUACGUUUCGCGUGUCACGCGUCGAACCGAAGAACGAUCGGGGAGAAUCGCUCGCCGCUUGCUCAAUGAUUUUUCGGUUGCGUUCGCGUACGAUGAGUUGUUUAUUUUUUUCCUCGUUGUGCCGACUUCGUAGUGAAACGGAGGAACGUUCGACGAUGUGUCUACGUGAACGGAAAAGGGGGAAAAAGGAUAUACGCGCCGAGGAACGGUGCGAGGUGGUGUUCCGUUUCCCCGAGAGCGCAGAGGUAUAGUAUGGAUUUUACGAUCACGUUUAUGCCUUACUACUCUUAUCUUGGAAUAAGUUACUCGUAGUUUGUACCGUAGACAAACUCGCGUGAUCCGAUGGUUGAACAACCUAAGUUAGGAGAAAGAAGACGAUCAACGAUCCAUUAGGAACGCACGAUACUUUCUAGAUCGAAAUAACUGAGAUUGGAGAACCUGCUGACGCUCGGUUCCAAUUUACGUUUUUCUUUUUAUAUAUAUACACAUAUACAAACAUACCGAUGCUGUCGUCGACAGGGAAACCCUUCGAUGGCCGCUCUUUUGAAAGUAAUCUCGAUAACAGCGAAGCCCUAACGGAUAUCGGUCGAACACGUUGAUGACUCGGGGUGAUCAACGAUGCUGCUCUCGAUGUUAUCGUGAAGUCGAGUUCCCGUGAUUUGUUAUUUUUUUUUUUUUUUUUUUUUUAUUCGUUUCGUGAAUACGCACGACCGUCCAUGGUUUCGUUCGCGAUUGGUUGAAAGAGAGAGGUCUACCAGGACAUUGGCCGACUUCUUGGUUGAAAUUCGAAGGAAGCGAGACAAUCGUUUUACACAGGGAAACAGUUGACGACGUUCGUAAUCGGUAGUGAUCCGACUGAUUUCCUUCUUCCCUUUCCCUCUUGCUCAUUAAUCGCGACGCGUUCUCUGUUAGAUUGAACGGAUCUUACUUGUUAAAUGGGGAAAGAAAGCGUUGUAAUCGCGACGAGCGAAAGAAGCUAGUUGUUUCGCGAAAGAGAACGGUCUGUCGUGACGCUUGGUGAAUUGAAACGAACUCGACGAGUUCGAUAGGUACUAAAAUAGGCGACGUUUAGAUAAAGGUUUAGAAAAUCCCUAGGGAACGCGCGAGACGUGCGAGUGUGACGCUGCUUCGGCCUCCUCGAGCUUAGAAACUCCACUUUGGCGGAUUUGUAUAACAAAAUAGAGACACACGCACGGGUAUUCGCUCUAUUCAAAAUUUCUCCACGAUACGAAAGAUACGCGCAGAGUGUUCGCCACGUUAUCGUCCGACGUUUUACUUACAAAUUAAUGAGAUGUUAUUUGGGUUUCUUAAACGAACAUCGAUUUCUAUCAUUAUGGAUUUAAUGAUAUAAAUAAUAAUACACAUCUUAUACAUCGUCAACAAAAUAUAGAAACUAUUCUACCAUUCGUUUAUAGGAGAAAUGCUGAAAAAUAAUCUCAGAUUCACGUGCACAAAACGAUUUUGCGUUUCGUAACGUUCGAUUAAUCCUCGUUGAUUCACCUCACUCUUUUUAUACCGUCGAAUUUGUAUUCUACUCUACAAAACGUAUGAAAAAACACACAUUUUCACUGCCGAGUGCAAAAGUCAAUACUACGAAUAGUUUAACCCUUAACCGCUUGCAUUUGUUCGUACAACCACCGUUACGAAAUCUCUCGCGCCACUUCGGACAUCGUACACCUCACAAUUCUAUUCCACGUGUUCGACGAAGCGAGCGUUUCCGUUCGCUAAACGCACGAUCGUUGAUAGAUUCCGCCAAGUGUUUAAGAGAUUUCAAUAUAUCGAGAUAGAUACGUUUACGCAAGCACAAAUGCAAACGAUGAAACCGUGACUGUAAAGUUAGGAGAACAUCUAUAGAUCUGUUCUCACGUGACGUCCAACGCUGAUUUUGUUUCCUUUUCGUCGCGUUUUGCUAACAACGUUGCCUCGGUUAACAAAAUCGGCGCGCUCCUAGCGAGCGAAUUGUUUUCGAAAUCUUUUAUCGCGACACGCGGUACAGUUAGUGAUAUUUUGUAAUUGAAUAUUACGAAAAAGUUGCCAAAUAUUAUACGAGUAUCGUCCAUCGAUGGUUAACGAUAACUUUUCUAACGUAGCUGAUAAGUAGCUUUUUUUUCGUUGACUCUUCGCGCGUUUAUGCAUCAAGCGUUUCAAAUGCGAUCAUUCAGUUCUCGCACAAUGGCGUGUGCCACGCGCACGAAUCAUUUGGUAUCGAACGGAUUUAACGAUUAACCGACUACUAGAGACUAUUUCUUCUAAGUGACGAAAGUUCGACUACUUUCACUGCCUGAUUUUUUUUAUUCCUGUACCGCGAAACACGAACGUUUUUGCAAUUAAUUGACGUAAGGUUAUUAUUAUUAUUAUUAGUAUUAUUAUUAUUAUUAUUAUUAUUAUUAUUAGUAUUAUUAUUACGAAAAAUUUCGCUACACGUAUUUUCCUGAAACAGCGAUAGCUUCGAGCCACUUAUACGUAUAUAUCCUACCCGAAACAAAAAGUAUAAAUAUCGUAAACGAAACGAUACAGAGAAUCAGGGAAAACCGAAAUAACACACGAACAACAUAAUCAGCGAAAUCUAUAUAUACAGAAGUAACGUGAACGAUAAAAGAAAGCAAACGAACGCGAAAGAUAAACGAUAGGAAAGGAAAAUAAAAGUGAGUGUCUUGGAGUAGUGAUAUCUUCGAAAAAGAAAAAAAGACAAUAGUACAUAAGUUUAAUUAUACGCGUAUGAGUUUAGUUAAGAGUAAACUAUUUCCCUGGCACAGCCAAGUUAGAAGUUGCAUUUGCAUAAACGGUCGUUGUACAAGAAACGUUAAGAACAGAAAGAAAGAAAAAAAAAGAAAAAAACGUAGUUCGACUAAAUGUUUAUACAUACAUAUAUUUUUGCAUUUAUUUCCAUUAAAGAUUGAUUAUCCUUGUAAAUAGAGUGCGAUAUGUCUCAGCGUUUCACAAUACACACAAACACAUACACACGUGCAAACACAGCCCAGAAAAAAAAAAAGUAAUUAAAAAAUGGAUCAUAUGAGGGUCUCACUUUACCUAAGCUAUUAAUGAAAUAUUGUAUAGGAUUAUUACGCUAGGCCACGAAUUAUAUCCGAAAAGAUGAGGAAGGGGACGAAGAAUAAUACCAGUUGUCGUACGAGACAACGUCUUUCCGUUUAUCGAAAGCCUAAGCAAUCGACGUAUAUUUUUGAAGAAAGACGAAUCGAAAACAAAAAAGUAAAGAAACGUUACGAAAAAAAGAACCGCGCGCGUGGUUGGCCUAUCGUAAACACGGAGGGGGGGGGGAGGGAAGGGGGGAGGGAGAGGGUUGUAAGUGUCUCGUAGAAAACAUAACGACGCGUGCAAUCGCCUCGAGCAACUAUGACAACCCGUAGAAUCAGUCGACAAGUGUAAGUUUCGUUCAAUUUCCAUGGAAAGAUCACGAUCGAUGCGCGCCCAAUCUGUAUCAAUUUCAUACGAAUCACACGCAAAACUAAUUAGAGGAGAGGAAAACUGUUCACGUCCGAUGUUCUCUGUGUACGAUCAUCGAUGAAUCACGUUGAGAAAUCUACGCACGUCGCCGCUUCUAAUUUGGCUCGCGUAUCGUACAGGAUAUAAAAGUUAACCGUUCGCGGUCCUAGAGCGAUCAGAAACUCGAAGAAUCCGGAUCGCGAACGAUUAAAACGGACGCAUGUAGGAUUGCUCCGAAGAUACACCACGGAAAUCGCGUUUCUCGCAUAUCCGCGCACGCUCGCACGCGCUGGCGAACAUAUAUACAUAGAUGAAGUACGAGAAUCGACGCGCGAGCAUGUAUAUUCCGAGCAAUCGUGCUUGUCAUUGGUGUCUCGAGCGUAAACGAUGCGCCGAGGAUCGAUCCCCGUCUAUUUUCACUUCUUCGUUUUUUCCCGCGAUCGGCGAUCGUUCGUCGAUCCAGGCGAGAACCGAUCGAGUCUGUUAUAUCCUGGGACACGCGUGACGGGAAGACGAAAGAAUGGUACCGUUGGCGCGCGAGAAGAACGAACCCGACUCGACCUCUGACGUCCGUGUUCGCUGUGCACCGAUAAACCCUUUGCGGCCGAGAGAGAGGUGACCGAUCGCGAGAAACCGAUCCACAGCUGCUGAGACGUCUUGUGAGAUCAUCUAGAGCGCGAAGGGUUUAUUCCGCGUAGAUAACGCGUCGUUCGUAAAUGGAUGACGACGUCGCCCUCUCAGAACACGGUGGUUCGUUCUUCUCGCGCGCCAACGGUAGAUACUUGCGCGCGGCAAACGCCGAAAGGAUGUCGUUGAGUUUAUACUUUCCGCGUCGUUGUCAUGUGUGUUUUAUGCUUGGGAACCGUUUGAAAGUUUUACGAAUAACGUUUUCGUAGCAUGCGCUAUCGUUAUUUCAUUGCCCGGGGAGGAACACUGAUUUGUUACGGUAGACUCUACAAAGCUUAAAGAAAUAAAAGAAAAAAAAAAUUAAUUAAUAAUAACGUGUAUUGUUAACCGCUGCUGUUGUGUAUGGAGCCGCACCGUUCGGCUUAGACUGAUGAUGAAGAAGAAGAAAAAAAAAAAAAAUUCACGUAUGCUCAAUUAGAGAACAUGUUUGCGCAUAAUUAAGAAUUCUAUUUACAUAUACAUGUUUUAUAUUUGUAAUUAAUAACAAGGAAAAAAAAAUCAUCUAUACUUAAUAUUACCUGAUAUUAUUAGAUUAUGUAAUCUCCAAAGUAUUUGCUCAUCAAAGUGCUAGGCAUGUUAGACGGACCGAUAUUCGUCCAAAAUGGUACCUUGGAGAUGGACAUACCAUCUAACAGUACGAUAUUUCAUAUUUUACACGAUAAUUAAUAAUUCUGUUGAUUAUUCUAAGACAUAGUCAAUCCUAAUUAUACAAUCAUUAAGAUACGAAGGAUAAAUUAAACGUUUUACAUGUAUAUAAUGUACAUAUACACUUAGAUAGACACGAAGAAAAUAAAAUGCAUAACGAAUUAUAUCAAAUUAAGAGGAGAAACGAUCGAGAGCUUUCGUAAAUAGUUCGUAAAUGUAUUCGUAUCACUUUUGAUGUUUCUUCUUCGUAUUCGUUCCUUUUUCUCUGUUCUUUCCAAUUUUUGAAGAAAAUAAUGUUAACGAAAACGAAAAAAAAAAAAAGACGAAAGAAAGAAGAAAACCGACCGAAAACAAAAUAAACGAUUCUCGCCAGACACACGAAAGCGACGCGUCGUUCGCUCCCCGCGGGAGCGCUGCGAUGAACGACGCGGAUCAUGGUCGCGGGGUGGAACAUGCGCGAGUCUCGUAAUCGCCGAAAGUGACGUGACGAAUUUUAUCGUAACGAACUUAUCCGUUCCAAAUUACCAUUACCACAAGAGGCGAAGACUGGACAAGCACUGAGCCGUUUUAAAUCGUUUUUUAUGAUGUUCACAAACGACUCGAUUUUUACAUUUCGAUUCGAUUUUACGUUCGGCAACACGAACACUUUUUCAAUUCGCAGAACGCUAUUCUUCGAUCACGAUAAUCGAUUACCGCGGCGAGAAAUCCUCGCGCUUGGGACAGACGACAACCGAUCGCCUCGAGAAACCUGCUGAAACGCGCCAAAUAAAAAGUUCUCGCGCGACGCGGUCGACGGCAACGAUUCGUUUGCCGUUAGAUCUGUAAAUUAUACUCCGUCGACAACGUAAAAUUGGCCACGAUGGCUCGUUUCCAGGACCCCUCGAUGCCGAUCACUCGCCCGUCGAACGGGGAGACAAUUUAUCACGUGUAUCGAUACAAACGAACGGCGUAUCGUGAAUCGUUAAGCGUAUCAUCGAAUAUAUGUUGCUUCCGUUUAUGUGCCAACAAGAAAAUUUGACGUUCUCUAUGUAUAAAGUACAUGAUGCAUAGCGAGACGAUAUACAUACUGUUACGCGGGCCGCCGUCACGGCUGAAUUUACAAUGCAAUGUUAUUCUUUCGAGCAAUCAUCGCUGUUCUUAAGUACAACCGAUAAUACUGGCGAGGUAAAGAUGCUCUCCCACGAUUAAGAAAAAAAUAAGAAGAAGAAGACAAACGGAGACAUAAAGAAAGAGGAUGAGAAACCGUGUAAUAUAAACUAAGGUACCAGCAAUUUGGUACAUUAAUUACUUGUAUAUAUACAUAGUAUUUUUACAUUCUAAUUCUAAAUUACAUUUCCAAUUCUAAAUGGUAUACAUUACUCUGUGAGCUUCGCUUGUCGUCUGUGUAAAUUAUCGAUAACGUUCCGACGUUCGUUCACCGUAGAAAUAUAGUCAGAGAAGCGAUCUUAUGCUCGGCAAACAUUUAUAUCCUCCCCCUCUCGAAUGUCUUGUGCACGUUUCAUUGCACCCAUCGCACAAGAUUCGAUACACACGCCUCGUGCCUUCAUCGCAGUUACAUUAAUUAGAACGUUUAUGGGCUGUGGUCGCAUCGGGACGUUUCCGGCCGUGACUAUUACCCGCGAAGAAUGAUUCGCGGGGGUGUUACAGUCUGACACGCGACGCUGGAAUUGUAAAUACGGCUACGAAAUUUGACGGUAGAAAAUUCGCAAUUUACACGAGUCGCGUCGAUCAGCUUUUGGUGGAUUUAUUAAUAAACGUAACAGAAUUAUUAAAGUAUCCCGACAAAGAAAGAAUUCUCAGUUAUUGGAUCUCGGUCGCUAGAUUUAUAGGAUGCCUUCGGCAAAGCUUCGCGAGAAGGAUUACUUUAUUUUCAUCGGUCAAACAUCGUCACCUGGUUUAGUAAUAAAACAAAAAUAAUUUUUGUUCUACUCUCAACGGUUCAUCGAAAGACUGUAACUAUAGUUUCCCCCUGUGAAUGUUAGCCUCCAUCACGAAUAGUUGCGCGAAGAUGCACCGAAUGCGACCAUAAUCCGAUUAUAAGGGAAGAAAGAGUACUUCAUCGUACGCAUACGUCGCGUCGCAAUGCAUUCGUUGUUGAUAUGCGUAAUUUAACUCCUACAUAAACUGUGCUCAUAGCGGAUGUGAUCGGUAUUUUACGAAUGAUGUCGCGACCCGUCGAACGAGGAACGACGGUGAUCGAUGUACUCGACGAUCAUUGGAUUCUUAAUCGUCGACGCGAACGCGACAUCGUCCCAUGAAAAUUAGCGUGCCGAUAUAUGUAUAUGUUGAUUUUUUCGGAAAAAAUCGAACGGCCAGAGUUCGUUUUAUCGACGCUACGCUUUUCUUCGUUUCUCAACACGUACAUAGAGACAGAGCGAAGCUCAACAUACUAGUCCUUACUUUAAAACCAAAGUAAAGAGAAAAAAAACAUUGUGUAGCUUUUAAGAAUCUCCAUUACGUAUUCACACCUGUGUGUCUAUACAGAAGGCAUAAUUAUAAUUAAUAAUUCAAUCAUCGUAAAUAGGUAAAGGACUAACCGAUAAGCGAAUAGAUAAAAGGAAUAAGCCGCUCGUUAAGUGUAUCGUUUUAUUUCAAUUCAUUUUUUACGAUUAACAUUUUAUCUAGCAACUUUUGUCGGCUAGGAAUGUAAAUUCUGUAUCUGUACAUUGUUUUCCUAUUUCAACUAUUAAAAGUGAUCGUCAACUAAACGUUCCGUACAUUUUAUUUUACGCCUGUCCCUAUCGAACGGUUCCUUAACGAACUGAACGUAAGU